AGUCACAAAAAACACAAGGGAAGACGAAUAUCCACUAUUCUUUUCUUUUUUUUCCCCUUCAUUUUUACAAAGUACACGUUUUACUUCUGUGCUUUUAUAAUUAAAUAACUAGCAGCCACGAAGCUCUAUUUUAGGAGCAGUGUGAAGACUGAAUCCUUCUUCAACCUACUCUUUCUGGGUUAGCUUAUUUUCUCUUCCUGCCAAAAAAAAAAAAGAGGUGAGAAAGGCAAGCAUAUUUAUAAAGAUGAAAAGUGAAAUGGCAGAGAGGCUUUUGAAUGGAGCAGUGGAAAAUACAGAUGGUGAUGAUGAGGGAUCGGAUCUGAAAAGGAGAGUUUGGACGGAAAUGAAGCUGAUGUGGAGAAUAGCCUUUCCUUCAAUUUUGGCGAGAGUGACUUCAUUUGGAGUUAUGGUUGUGACUCAGUCGUUUCUUGGGCAUGUCAGUGAGUUAGACCUCGCUGCUUUUGCUCUUAUCCAAAGCAUUCUCAUUCGCUUCGUCAAUGGCAUUCUACUUGGCAUGUCAAGCGCAACGGAGACUCUCUGUGGGCAAGCGUUUGGCGCAAAACAAUACCACAUGAUGGGAAUAUAUUUGCAGCGUUCGUGGAUCGUCGACUUCAUCACUGCGACGAUAAUGCUCCCUCUUUUCUUCUUCACCACGCCCCUCUUGAAUCUGCUUGGCGAACAAGCAGACAUUGCGGCCGUGGCCGGGAAAAUCUCCCUCUGGUGCAUACCCUUUUUGUACAACUUCGUCUUCAGCCUCACCAUCCAGAUGUACCUGCAGGCCCAGCUCAAGAACCUGGUUGUAGGGUGGCUAUCGGCGACAUCGUUCGUGUUCCAUGUGGUGCUCUCUUGGAUUUUCGUAUACAAGCUCGAGUGGGGGAUUGCGGGCGCUCUGGCGGCUAUGAACAUCUCCAGCUGGUCGGCAGUGAUUGGAAUGUUUGUGUAUAUCUUCGGAGGUUGGUGUCCCAAUACGUGGAAGGGAUUCACUCUUGCUGCUUUUGCUGAUAUGUGGCCUGUUAUUAAGCUAUCCAUAUCUUCUGGUGUUAUGGUGUGUUUAGAGUUAUGGUACAACUCUAUUCUGGUACUUUUAGCAGGAUACAUGGAAAAUGCAACAGUUGCUAUCUCUGCUUUCUCUAUCUGUCUCAAUAUCUGUGCAUGGGAGUUUAUGGUAUGCCUUGGGUUUCUAGCAGCUGCAUGUGUACGAGUAUCAAACGAAUUGGGAAGAGGAAAUGCUAAAGCUGCAAAGUUUGCCAUGAAAGUUAUCCUCAGUACUUCAAUUGCGAUUGGAGUGUUCUUUUGGAUUUUGUGUUUGAUAUUUGGUCGUAAAAUUUCCUACCUAUUCACUAAUGAGGAGGAAGUCGCAGAUGCUGUGUCAGAUCUAUCUGUCUUGCUUGCUUUCUCCAUCUUAUUAAACAGCAUCUAUCCGGUUCUUUCAGGUGUUGCUGUAGGUGCUGGCUUACAAGGCACGGUUGCAAUUGUAAACAUUUGCUGCUAUUAUGUGAUUGGGAUACCCUUAGGAGUUGUGCUUGCUUAUGUGGCUCAUCUCGAAGUUAAGGGAUUGUGGAUUGGAAUGUUGUGUGGAGUGUUAACGCAAUCGCUUGUACUGUUGUAUAUCACCUGGAAAACGGAUUGGGAAGGUCAGGUGAACAAGGCAUCAGAAAGACUGAACCAAUGGUUCCUGAAGCCAUCAAAUGAACUCAAUUAGCAUUCUCCAAGCUCCAACAGCUGCAUAUGCUUGAAGAAAUCUUAGAGUUCCAACUUUGACGGUUGCAAGGAAUCUUAUCUUAUUUAUACUAAAUCCAAUUUUGACGGCUCUAACAACUAUCGAUCCUUUUGUUGUCAUUUUGAAAUGGUAGUGAAAUUAUGAUCAAGGAAGGGGGAUAGGAGGAAGUUGUGGUCGGAAAUUGUUAGUGAAAUGUUUUGGGUUAUUUUUUUCAUUUAAACAAUUGUUUCGGCUGUAAAAGUUUUAUAUGCUUUUGAUGUGUUCCCAAUCGUAUGGGAAGUGGUGCAAUCUUUCUGACGUC